GAUCCGAAUAAAUUCAUGCAAAUUCUAUAUAAUAAUGCCAGAAUACUUAACCAAUUAAAAUGAAUAAAUUUAGGUACUUCCGGUUGAUGCUAGAUGUCAGUAUCCUGUCUUAUAUCUUGGAAACGUAGGUCGAAAGACGUUACAUCUUUGUAUAUCGACUUCAGUGUUCCUAUGAGAAAAACGAAAUAGAAUUGUAAUAAAAAUGCGUAUUACAAAUAUAUUACUUUACAAAGUUCACAAUAUUCCGUAUCGUUUUCGAGGGAAAUAUGGAAAAGUUAAAGAACCGACAAUAAAGGAUUUAAUAGAGUUUAGAAGAGAUCUUGAAAGAGAAGAACAAAAUAUGUUGAUAUUAAGACAUCCGUAUCUAACUAGCGAACAAUCCUACGGUCACAUGACUGAAUUCAAAAAAGACAAGAAUGUUAAUUUUAUGAAUAGUAAACGCGAAGAAUUGAAUAUGAAGUUCAACAGAGAGAUUACAAUCAAAGAUCGAUUAAGCCAUUUAAUAGUAACAGAAGCUUGGGACUAAGGUUUUAGUUAUAAAUAGAUGCAGUAAUUUGUUUUUCUCAAAACACAUGUAUUUGGAAGUUCCCUCUCACAAAGUGCGAAAAAAAAUUAGUAAGAAAUUGUAUUUGCCAGUAUCAUUUAUGUUAUCCUGUGUUUUAAUGUUAUAGUAAAAUCUUUAUAUUUAUUGCACAUGUAAA